CUGGCGAGUCUGGCCGGCGUUCUCCGCGAGGGGAGUUGGGAGUCCGCCGGGCGGCGAGCAUCUUAAAGUUUGUAUCGCUGUCAACGUUGUUUUGAGACGCUGUGGGGGAGAGCUGCACUGAAAGAAGAGCAAAGACCUCUUAAAAGUCAUUUGGAAAUAGCUCCGAAUAUUUGUAACUGUAUAAGCAACUAAAGAGAAAUAGACUUUCAGCAAAACUAACAAUAAUUAAUUGAGGCAGGUUUAUAUUUGUGUCAUCAGUUCUAUCCAGAAGUUGAAGAAGCUUCCUUGGAGUUUAACAGUUGUGUGCAUUUUAUGAGAGAAUGACUUUUCAAUUUAAUUUCACUAUAGAAGACCAUCUGGAAGAUGAAUUAACAUCUCUUGCAGAUGGAGCUUUAGCCCUACAUUCCUCAAAAGAGUCUUCAGUCUCAGAAAGACAAAAAGGUACACACAGAGACAAAAAAUGUUCCACAGAACAAUCUGACUUGCUGCAGGACCAUUUGUGGGAACAUAAGUCAGAGGGAAAUGAGGCUCCCUCUCAAGAUCCAGACAGCUCAUUCAGUACAGCUAACAGUUCAAGUAACUUGGAACCACACGAGGAAAAGACCUGCUUGAGAGUUGCCAAAGAGCAUGCUAUGCCUAAAGAUUUAAAGAAAGUGUUAGAAAAUAAAGUCACAGAAACAUUACCAGGUCUCCAACACAUUAACAUAUCAAUAAUGAAAACCACCUUGUUGAAAGAGAACUUCCCUGGAGAAAACAUCAUUUCAAAAAGCUUUUCUUCUCACUCUGACCUGAUUUCAGGUGUUUAUGAAGGAGGCUUGAAAAUCUGGGAGUGUACCUUUGACCUCCUGGCAUAUUUGACAAAGGCCAAAGUGAAAUUUGCUGGGAAAAAAGUGUUGGAUCUUGGUUGUGGAUCAGGGUUGCUGGGUAUAAUGGCACUCAAGGGAGGUGCCAAAGAAAUUCAUUUUCAAGAUUAUAACAGUGUGGUGAUUGAUGAAGUAACCUUACCUAAUGUAGUGGCUAACUCCACUUUGGAAGAUGAAGAAAAUGAUGUAAAUGAACCAGAUGUGAAAAGACUCAGGAGAUCAGCAGUAGCACAAGAGCUAUGUAAAUGCCGCUUCUUUUCAGGGGAGUGGUCUGAGUUUUGUAAGCUUGUACUGAGCAGUGAAAAAGUCUUUGAAAAAUAUGAUCUCAUUCUUACCUCAGAAACGAUCUACAAUCCAGAUUAUUAUGGUCCUUUGCACCAAACAUUCCUUAGAUUGUUAGAUAAAAAUGGACGGGUGCUUUUGGCCAGCAAAGUACAUUAUUUUGGUGUGGGUGGAGGUACUCAUCUCUUCCAGAAGUUUGUAGAAGAAAGGAAUGUAUUUGAGACUAGAACACUUGAAAUAAUCGAUGAAGGACUAAAGAGAUGCCUAAUUGAAAUGACUUUUAAGUACCCCAGUUAAUGCCCACUGACUGUCCUAAGUGAAAUAAACAGAAUAACCAAAACCUUA